AUGGCUGUGACUAUGACUCUGGCUAUUACUUUGGCUGUGACUGUGAUUGUGACUGUGGUUGUGACUGUGACUACGGUUGUGACUGACUUUGACUACGACAAUGACUACGGCUGUGACUAUGACCGUGACUACGACAAUGACUACGACUGUGACUACGACUGUGACUACGACAAUGACUAUGACUGUGACUACGACAAUGACUACGACAAUGACUAUGACUGUGACUACGACAAUGACUACGACAAUGACUACGACUGUGACUACGACUGUGACUACGACAAUGACAAUGACUGUGACUACGACAAUGACUACGACUGUGACUACGACUGUGACUACGACAAUGACUAUGACUGUGACUACGACAAUGACUACGACAAUGACUAUGACUGUGACUACGGCUGUGACUAUGACUGUGACUACGACAAUGACUACGACUGUGACUACGACAAUGACUACGGAUGUGACUACGACAAUGACUACGGCUGUGACUACGACAAUGACUACGGCUGUGACUACGACAAUGACUACGACAAUGACUAUGACUGGGACUACGACUGUGACUAUAUCUGUGACUACGACUGUGACUAUAUCUGUGACUACGACUGUGACUAUGACUGUGACUGCUACAAUGACUACGGCUGUGACUAUGACUGUGACUACUACAAUGACUAUGACUGUGACUACUAA